UUUCAGGAAUUGGCAUUGUUAUGGCCGAGUUUGAAAAAGGUGAUGAACCGUUGCGAGCUACCUAUACGCCAGCCAGACCGGCCUGGAUUGGUUACUGGAAUAAACGUUGGGAUCAACGCGACCAAAGCAAAGUACGUAAGUCAUGGUGGACCGAACUUGGGUGGGAAGAUGCGGCAACGAAAAACGGCAAAAUGUGUCUUGCAGGACCACAGCUAAGAGAGCAUGAUCCUGAAUAUUAUGAUCCUAAAGUGCCCGAUGGAACUUCUCUUGCGGGUCCAAUGGGUCUCGAUUCAACAAGAUAUCCCAAUUUAACACGGAAAGGUGAUCAGCCAGGGAAUUACGAAGAAUUUAUGAAUAAGCUAUACAAAAAUUCCACACAGUAUAAAGAUAUCGCCGCAAAAUAUGAGUUAACUGAAGGACCAUGGCCUUUUCACCAAGGCUUGAAAGUAAUGCGUGCCAACAACAACUACCAUGAAUUCCUGGCCAGACAUAGGACACCGUGGUGGGUGCCGAAGUUAUUUCGAUUCUUCAAUUCCCCGCUUAAUGAAGAUCCCAUCGUAAAGGGACUGGCUUGUGCACAGUAUACGGCUUUUCUUUUGAUCCCGUACACUGGUUUACAUAUUCGAGGUCACAAUGUACUUCCUGUGCCAAUUACUCCACUGUCAGUAAUGAAGACAUAUUUUAAGCUUUUGCCGACUCCAGCUACAUUGGCCUUCACGUGGGGUGUAACUUUGAGCGGUGCAGCAAUGGUAAGAAACAAAGACGAUUUCAUGAACCACUUGUAUGCAUCUACCUCAACAGGGAUUGUUUUUGCAACAAUGAGAGAUAAUUUCCUUGCUGGCUUUUCGUUGGGCUUCGUUAUAUACAUUACUGGGUUAUGCUGGCAAUACAUGAGAGUGUCAGAGUGGAGUUUGCAAAAUAAGGUUAUACAUCGCAAAUCUGGAAGCUUCUAUGGUGGACCAUUAGUAUGGAAACUGAAGUGGAAAGGUGGUGAAGAAGAAAUACCGACCAAGAAGUGGUAAACGCUGAUGAUUGAUUUAGAAAAAAUCUGCUGACUUUAACGGUAUCAAUGUUAUUCGUUAAGGAAUUAGUGUAAGCGCACUUUAAGAUGCUUGUAGUUAUAUGCUGUUGUAUGCAUGAAAUGAAGUUAUUUCAUUAAAAAAAGGUUUUGUGCAAGAGAUUUCUCUUAUGAUUCAGAAUUAAAUUUUCGUGAAAAUUUAUCUAAUAUGAUUGCUGAUUUUUGAAUUGCAAAUAAUUUUUAUUCUACAUAUAUUGUCUUAUAAAUUCACCAUUCGGGAUUUAAAUUUUUCGUAAGAAUUUGAUCAGCGACUUAAUACUGAAUUAGAUAUUACGG